UCAAUUUGUCUCAAACGACACAAACUCUGUAAUUUGGUUGAUAGGGCACGAGCUUUAUUGAAAUGUUUGCUGGAUGUUGCUGUUGAAAGUGUUUUUGAGACUCGUUUAAAGGAUUCAAAGUCUCCAGUGGCAGCCAACAUUUCUCAAAGCUCUGUAACAUAUCCAACCUGCAGUAAAAUGACUUCAGUGAAGGAAGAGCAGCCUCAGUUGAAAUUACUAUCAAAGAAAGAACUGCCAGAGCUGUCGAAGUUUUGCAUCUCUGAUGAUGGAGGAACAAAAUGUAACACACUAUGCAGCAUAGGUGAGGAAAGCAGUGUGAUGCAACAGAAUUCAGUCAAGGAAACAAAUCUACCUAAUGACAAUGGCAUUUUUCCCAACAUAGAGAGUAAUCUUAACAAGCAACAGCAUAAUGAUGUAAAUGCUUUAUAUGGCGAUGGUGAGAACACAGAAGAAUCAUUACAAAUGUUUGAUGCAAAAGCUGGUGAGCAAAAUGAAGAGAAUAAUAUGUCAUUGCAGAGUAGAAUUCAAGAAGCUCAAAGUGAUUCUAAUGCUGCCAAACAGGUUGAACAUCCGGAUCAAAAGGGUGAUUUCUCUGAUGAUUUGGUUAAUGCAAUCAAAAGAAUUGAGUCCCGGAUUUUGGCUUUCCAACUUUGUUCAAAUUUAAGUGGUUCCACUAAGAACAGUGCAGGUCUUCAUACUACACAUGAGGCAGCAAAUUCAGACUGUCCUGUAAUAAAGAGAAACAAUGGGGCUUCAGGAAGUCAGAUGAAUAGUGGAAAGUCCCUCUUGGAUGGACGUAGGUUGGUGAAUCAGAAGACAUGUAAUGAAAGUUCUAAGGGUGAAAAUUCUAUUUCAUCAAAUGCAUUAGUGGAACCCUUUUGUGCUGUAAAUGGAUCAUUGAGUCAGAGUCAGAUGGCAAAUCAGAAUCGUUGGCAUCAUAAUGGUGCAGAAUCUGCAAAGAGCAUUGAUAUACCACAGCAGAUUGGUACCAAGCAGGCAUCGGUAGGAGAGUGGUUGAGAAGUCGGAAUAGGAUUCAAAAUUCAGUACAAAACAUAGCUAUGAUAGAUAGAGUUAAGUCACUGAAAAGGUUAGUUAGCGGUGAUGCCUAUUUUGGGAGUCAAGCUAGUGAGUGUAUUCAAGGUUUGAGGGUCCCUUUGAAUCAAGAUGAGCAUACUAAGAAGCACUCUAUGUUAGUAAGUAAAACAAACAGGGAAAGUAUGGUCCGUUUAAAUCCAGUGGCUUGGUCAAAGACUGAUCAGAAUCGGAAGGAAAAGGGUUCUGAAUCUUCCUAUGCACAGAAGUUAGCAGGAUCAGAGGCCCUUAUUUCAGGGAGAGAAAAGCCACCACUUCAUCAGAUGGUAAUGAAGCCAACUCUAUUGGACCAGAGAUCCAGUAAGAUUAAGGUAAGUUCCCAUGAACACAGAGACUCUCGAGUUUUGGACAGAAGAAUAACUCAUAAGACUGGCCAUCUUGAACCACGGAAGACAAGGGUUCUACCACAAGAUCAUAAACUGGAGGAGGCAAACUCAAACUCUGACUCUUUUCGCUUGAGUUCUUGGCAAGGCAGUGCCAAUAGUAGUAGUGACUCUGAGGACUACUCUUUGCCAGAUGGAACACAGUAUCCCUCAUCCGCAAUGAUGGUGGAUUCAGCAUAUGAGGGAAGUUCAGAAGAGAGCAACAACUCAUAUCUCAAGAAGGAAGGUGGUACUUCUCGUAGAUUUGGCAGUUUCAAACCAUAUAGACAUCACCGCGAAAGAAAUCCUAAGGAAACAGUUGGAAGACUAAGGAGGCUGAAAAAUAAGUUAGGACUAAUCUUUCACCACCACCACCACCAUCACCAUUACCAUCAUCAUGAUGAUGAUGUUCAUGGUCAUAGACAUACUAUGUGGAAUCAGUUGCAGAAUGUCUUCCACCAUAAAGUCAAGCAUGGGGUGACAACAAAUAAAGUAGACAAGACAAGGAGAGGGGCUGUUGCAAGAGUGUUGCCUCAGAGAAACCAUGUCGGGCAGUUUCAUAGACUUGCGGAAGGGGUCCUGAGACACAUCCGGCAUUCAAAGAAACCAAAUCCUUUCAAGCUUGAUGGGAUGAAACAGUUAAGGAAUGGACAUUCUCAGAAGAAGCUGCGUUGGUGGCAAAACCUUCGACCGCACCGGAGAGUGAGGCUGAAAAAGAAAGGCCGAGUUAAAAUGGGGUUUAUGAGCCAAAAAUCACUAAAGAACUAUUGAGUUUGGGUGCACGUUGGAAUUUCUCACCUUGCAUCUACCUUCUUCUGGCUCAUGGUAUUCAAGCUCCUAUCAGAUAUGCAGAAGAGGUAUAUCCUCUGAUUUUUCUUCAAUUUUGGCUCUGUCGAAUGGACGCUUGUGAUGCUUGAAAUUCAAUAGAUAUGGACCUGGUGAUGCAGGAUUUUGUUAGUGACUGCAUGGUGAUUCUGCAUUUUCUGGUGGAGAAAGGAAUAAAAGUACACAUGCUUAAUUUUGAGGAUCAUGUGUAUAAGCUGUUGCUUGAAGGCUGGGUUUCAUUGAUUGCAAAGGAACCAGAACCAGAAAACAAAGGGUAACAUAAGAUGGGUGAAGAAUUCUUUGAUGGGAGAAUGUAAUCCUCUUUCUGCCUUGAAAUUCAUGGCUAUAUUUGAUGGAAACCAAGGAGAUUGAAGUUGUGUGUAUAAGGUUUCUACUAGGUUUGGUUUACAUGUGCAGCAGUUCAUGUAAUAUUGGAACCACAAUUAUUAUCACUGUUUGAUGAAUUGUAUGUUUUAAAAUUGCAUGUAUUAUAUGAUGAAAGUCUUUGAUGAAAAUAUUGCGUGUAGGUUAUUUGGUUU